AAGAGUCCCACCCCUGAGGAAAACGCGCCAGGACGCCCGAGGCGCCUUCCCACGACCGCCGUGACACCUGAUCAGGACUCGGCUCUGCUCCUGCCUUCCAGAUCAUCUCUUGUCCAUCUUUGAUUGCUCCUCAGGAAAACAACCCUAAGCAAGAAAUGGGGGCCCAGUUUUUCUCCCCGUUGUUCGGAGGAAUAACGAAUACCCCCCCUACUAUGGAAUAUCCCCAGUUAUACAAUAGCUGGUCGAAGUGUAAAGAUGGUGGCAGCGUGGUUGCUUCACUACACGAUUGUGCAAAGAGAAGGGCGCAGGUAAAUCUCUCUUAUUCUGCCAAUGGCCCUGAUAUGUUUGGAUUAGUGACCAGCAUCUUACAGGAGCCUAGCGAACAAGAACCUAUUACAGACUGGAAUUCUCUGUCAAGGUUGUUUCCUCCGUUUUGGACCUUGGACUUGGAAAAUAAUGACAGAUGUUCAAGGCUUUUUCCUACCAAAGCUUUGGACAAUGAAAAACUUGCUAACUUAGUUGACACACGGCGCCCUUACGAAGAAAAAUUGGAAAAGGCAUCCUCUGCAGCAUUGUUAAAUAGGAAACUUGGUGAUCUGCAUGUGACAAGCUCCUGGCCUGCCCCUUCUAAUCCUUGCUCGCCAUCAUCUGAUGAGGUUUUGAGGACUUCUGAUCCAGAAGCCGAGGUGUUUACCUGUAACAGUUUUAGUCAGCAGGCCGUCUUUGCACCUGAAUGCAGUUAUGAUAAGAAACAAGUAGAUAUUGUCAGGGGGAACCUUUCCUCAUCACAGCCUAAGAGUACAAACAGUACAAAUUUUUAUGAAGAACGUCAGGAGACCAACACAACAGGAGGUGUGCUUGGGGCCAGUGACGUGGAAGAGUCCAGCAGCUUUUUCAUUCAGUUGCCUAAUUCUGCUGUGGGUAGGGUAUGGGACCCAGUGAUUCAGGAAAACCAUUUGUGUGCUAAAAGAUGUGCUUGCGAGUCACCACGGUUCCCAUACUUCCUCAGUCCCCCAUUUGGACAAGAAAAUAGCAUUCCUGAAGGAGUGAAUGCAAAACUGCACGAAAACUACCAGCAAAGUUGCCCCAAUAACAUGGGCGUCGACUUUGAUAAUACUGAAAUGAAGACUCCCGCAUAUCCCCCCCAAGACUCUUCUAAUCAUUUAUCUCCAAACCCAGGCCAGCAACGUAGAAAUUCAUCUUACAGUGGAGAUAUACGCCUUCAGAGCCACACGUUAAAUCCAGCAACGACAUCGUAUGUAAGUUACAGAAAGCAAAAGAGAAUAAACUCUCUGUCGCACGUGUGUUCCGUCAGUCACUCCAUAGGCCAGCCUUCUUGUUCCCAGAUAGCCUCAAGAAAAGAUGGGACGCUGCUCGUGGGUACUAAUGCUUCUAGCCACUUAGGGUUUUCCAAUUGCAAGGAAAAUCUGAAGCCCCACAAUUCUGUUGGAUGCUCCCGGGACCAUUUGCGAGCUCCUACUCAGGAACACUUGCGUGAGAUUUCGACGAACAUUUCCUCCGGCAGUUUCUCACGGCCUCCUUCUGCAAACGCGUCUGCCAAAUGCUACCGAUUUGUCAGUCUGCCCCACAGAGGCCAUGCUGGUGAGAGAACAGGGUGGAACGAGGGACGGCGUAAAACUAACAGGAUCCCUCCUCGCGCAGCCUCUGUAGGCCCAGACUGGGCCCAGCUUGGUGCAUUGAGAAGAAAACCAAAUGAGGCCAACUCGUCUGAUUUCAUCAAUCCAUCUUUCCUUCCUCUCUUCCCCUUAGUGCCUGGUUAUACCAAAAUUCCAAAUUUUCCUGCGAUGCAUCCUCCCCGCUUUUCGCCGUCAACUAAUGUUGCCUUCCCACCUUUGCCCUUGUCUGAAUUGGUUGACGAUUUCCCCCAUUUAAGUCCUUUUAUUAACGACCUCUUUUGUGGAGAUGUAGCUGCGCCCUAUCUUGCUUUUCCACCACGGCUUGACCACUACAGAUCUGCCAAGAAUCGUGGUGGGCCUGCCCGUGAGCUCCACAUUCACCUGGAAGAAUGUUAUGAACAGUGGAGAGCAUUAGAAAGAGAGCGGAAAAAGGUAGAGGCUGACUUAGCAAGAACUUUCCCAGGGAAAUCCUUAUCCAGCUCAAAUAGCGUUCCAUUUUCCCGGCUUCCGGCUAAGCCCUCCCGAGUGGAUCGCCUGAUUUUGGAUCAGUUUCAAGAGCAAGCAAGAGUUCACACUUUACUGGGGAAAAUGGAACGCCUUUGCGGCAUUCCCAUCCAUGGCAACAUAUGGGCAACUUUGGGGCAUCACCUGGAAGCCAUUUACACAACCCAGACCAGGCGCAAAGAGGAGAUUGUUAAUGCUGGUAAUCCCCAGAGGCCAGGGACGUCGUGUGCCACCAAUGAAAAAGAUGUCCUUGCCCUGGCCGCUGCUGUGAAAGAGUUGGCUUCCUUCACGCGAAAGACACGUACAGCUUUAUGGUGUGCUUUUCAGAUGGCCCUUCCCAAAAUUUUGGCCAGCCCUCCAGUUCACAGGAAGGAAGUGCAGAGGGCGCUGAGAGCGCUGGGUCCAGCCAGCGUCUCCUUGCAGACGAAGGUCCUUGGAGAAGGCGAAGACAAAGAGAACGAGAGAGUGAAUUAGGAAGAAUUGAGCAGGUUAUGAAAUGAGCCUACUCAAGUGAGCUCGUGAAGGAGCUGGGUUAACAGAUUUCGCUGCUCUUUCUACUGGUUUUUCACCCUGCUGACAUUCGAGCCUAGAAAAGUGUUUUUCCGUAAUGGUAUUGCAGAAGUCUUUGUAACAUUAGAAGGUUGGCAAUGUUUGUUCACCGUAUUGACUCCUGAUCCAAAGCUUGUGACUCCAGCCGUGAACUAGGAAGCGGCUAAACUAACAUGGUGUUUUACACUUUGUCAGUUUUUGCAAUGCAGCUUAUUUUCUUUUUUCAGUUUUUGGAAGAUGAAUAUUUUAAGUGCCAAAGUAACUGCAAACCACUGUGCGUUUCUUCUUUUUUAAACUGAUCAUGACUAAUGCACGUUUCGGUUGAUGUACUGUCGGGAGCUGAAGUCCUUCAGGCAGUUGCCCGUGUCCGGAUGAAGCAGCCAUCAGUUAGUUUAAGUUGCAUGAAAGUUGGGAAUUCGCGUCGUCAGCUGACGUUUCAAGCUGGGCUCGCCUGUAACUCGUCUCGCAAAAGAGUUUUGGGAAGAGGGGUUCAGUACGUUUUGAAAGGAAAAAGUUCUAAAUAUCAAGCAUUAAAUAGUGCUUUAGGAUAGCCAGUCAGCCAGUGAGAAGAAAUUGCUUAAUAUCCAACGGUUUUUCUUAAAGCAGGCAUGGGCAGCCUCGACCCACGUCCCGAAGGCCUUCUCCCUCUGAAAACACUUUCUCCAACAUCGCUGUGCCUCCAGAAAAAGCAUCGCUCUCCCUUUGCACAUGUAGCAUGAAGUUCUCUGACUCUGAGAGUUGAAAGCCGUUUCCCCACUCCUGUUUCAACUGUUUAGAGCUACUGUUUUAUUUGAGAUGCACUUCCUGGGGGGAAAAAAAGACACUGUUAAUGACAUAGUUAUUUUAAUGAGAAAUCUAUUAUUUUUAUCUUACUUUAAACUAAACUUUCGAUCCUUUGCCAGACCUUAAUCAUCAGGCUUAUUGAUGCUCAGGAUGUGUUCCAGGAUAAAUCGUUUACAAAUAUGCCUAAUAUAUUAAGUUUGUAGAAUUGGGAUGUUUGUAGAAAUAGUUGCACAAAACUAAUCCUCCGUAAAGGAUUACCAAAGCAGCCUUUUAGCGCGAAAAGAGUUUGUGUGUUUGUUAACUGCUGUUCGUCUCUUGGACAAUCAAGUGUGCUGUGCGCCCGUGUGAAGUUACAAGAUGAGAAUCAAAAUAGAUGGGCCCAGUCCAACAUUUUCACUGGGCCUUCCCUGAUUUUGCAUAUGAGAAAUUGAGGAUUUCCCCUUCAUUGUAAUAUUGGAGGGAAUCUGUGACUGGAAGAUGAAAGGUGAUAGAAGAUGCUUGAGCAGUGUUUCUCAUCCUUGGCAACUUUAAGAUGUGUG